AAAAGCGACACAAAUAAGAGUAUGUUUCAAUCCGCCGAGAUCUGUUCUAUUUUUAUAACCGACUAUGCAUUCAAUGUGACGGGAUUUUAAAUGAGUCAGAGUGUCUCUGUGUUCUCGGGGUCGAGAGGGGUGCAGACAGAAUCUGCCAGGGGCUGACGACAUAGAUAUUGCACCGAGUAACCGUCACAAUAUAAUGACAGAAUAUAGAAAGUCGUACAGAGGCAUUGUGUAAUUCAAAUAACUUGAUUGUACAUGUUCCUUGUACGACUCAGAAGAUUCUGAUGUGGAACCUGGAAUUAGUGAAAUAGUACAUUUAGGGAUGAGAAAAACUGCCGCUAUGUAUGGAUCGCUAAUGCUACACGAGAAUGUACAAGAAACAACCAUAACCAACAGGGGUCAACAUUUACGUUUGUCCGCUUGUCCGGUACCAGUGGAAAAACAUUUCGGACAAAUGAAUUCGCCGUAUAGUGUUUUGUAAGGGAUGGAUUCACCCUAUAAUUUCCCUGUGACUGUCGUGAAGACUUGUCCUUCGACCAAUCAGACCCGGUAUGCGGCGUCUCAAAGACUGAAUUGUUCACUGGCCCAGAACGAUAUACCUACCUACCACUGUGUGCCAAAUGAGCAGAAGACAUCUCUUUUAGAGUUCUGUUACAAACAAGUUGGACUCAUACAAAAUGGUUCCUGUUUAGAACUGUCAUCAACUGGAACUCUAAAUCAAGUUUCCUGUAGUGAGUUCACUGAAGGAUGUCCCUCUAAGUACUACCUUAGCAACGAGAUAUAUAAGUACCCAAAAUGUCAAGAAAUAGACACUGGAAAUCGCUGCUUUGUUGCUGAUCCAAAAUGUAGAUCGAGUACUACUCCUGUGACCAACACUACAACGUUUGACCCACUUACCACAACCUCUGUACCUUACGAUGUCAUCAGCAGUACCCCACCCAAUGAAUCUCCCACCCUAUCAGAUGCUGCACCUGUCGGUCUCGUUGUGGGUUGUUUGUUCGGCCUCAUCUUGGUAAUCAUGAUAAUACUGGCGGUCUGCUUGUUAUACAGACGAUGGAGGCAACCUGGUGCAAAGAGAAAAGAUCCCCACAACGCGGAAGAAAUGGGACUAUUAGAUCAACAGCGUGAAAAGAAUCCAAGUAGAAAAGCACACGACGGAAGAGACCACUGGCCACAUCGAACUUCGCAUCAGAUUAAAGACGAUGACAAUGACAUUUCAGCAACUAAGGAUGAUCAGAAUUUGCAUAUCUGCGUCACAACACAUACUGGACCAGAUUCUGUGCGAUGGCAGAAAGAUGACACGGAUAUCAACACUGAAGAUCAGUCAGAGAAAUACCUGUCUAUAUGGCGGGGGAACACCAGACAUGUCUAUCUGUAUGUGUAUGAUGUAGAUGAUAAAGACUAUGGGACAUAUAGGGUGAUUUGGAAAACUGGUGAGGAAGAACAUUCCAAAGAAAUAGAAUGGCCGAGUAUUGCAGCAUCUAUGAAUGUAAAAGAUCACCACAAACGCGAGAGAAAUGUUCGAGAAGUUCUAAUGAGACAAUAUGGGAACGACCUGAGGAUCCGCGUGACUGGCACCCAGCCUCCAUCACAUAUCAAAUGGAUGAAAGAUGACAAAGAUAUAGAUUUUGCUGAUAAUUCAGACAAAUAUCUCCAGAUCAGUGGAGAGGGGGAGGAUGAAAAUCACUUUUAUCUGUACAUAUUCAAUACAAGUGAAGAGGAUUCUGGAUCAUACAAGGCUACUUGGAAAGAAGGCAACACGCCUUUUGAGGGCGUUGCAAAUAUUCAUCUUGAAGCUCUUCGUCUUGUGGGACCAAACAUAAAGACUGAGAAGGACAGAGGGCGGGACGAGAAGGUCGACAAAAUGAAGAACAUCGUUUAUCCCAUUUUUCCUGAAGAAGGGACAUACAGACUAGUGAUUACACAAACCGAGAUCAUGGAGAAAAUUCCCAAAAAUUAUUCAACAGAGACUUUCAGCCAUUUCGAGGAUAAGGAUAUGAGGCGUUUUUUACACUAUGCAAUACUUAUGAGUGAGGACAAUAAAAUCUGUUGGAAGGAUAAAACACAUGUACAGCUGUUAGAAGAUAUAAGAAAACUGAUGAGGUACAGGGACCAGAUAACCGUAGAAGACUACAAAAGAGUGGCUUCCGAUCUCAACAGUCUGACUGUGACCGAAGAAAACGACGAGGUUACAUUUGCUUCUGAACAAGUCAUGUUAGAGACACUGUGGGCUUUCAUGCAGAACAAAAACACAAAGGAGACAAUUCGCUGGAUCUUUCAGAAAAACAAAGUGGAUCUUGUAUUGAAGUAUUUCCGAUCUCCUGACUACCAAAGACAUGAGGAAGAAAUCUGUCUGUUCUUGCCUCCCAUGCUAUUCGACGCAUUCCAACUGUUCUUCAUCGAAAAAUACACCCAGAAAAAUGGGAGGUGUGGAUCUACCGAAGACGAAAUGAAAGAAAUGAAGUCAAUGACGACAAAUGGUUAUGUAUUCAGGCAGCUGGACAGUAGUCAUUUACAGUGCAUCAUGCAUUAUUGUCUACUGACGGAGGACAAACUUUCAAAAGAUGCAGCACAGUAUUUCAGAACAGCAGGGUACAAAAGUCGACCAGAUGAAGAUUGUCUGAUUUUGCCAGAAGAAUAUACUGAAAACCUGAUUCAGAAAUUAAAUGUCAAUAUCCUGACUCAUGCGACCAUUAAGGAUGUUCAUAUUCACGAUGAAAUAUGUAAACAAUUGCGCAUUCCUCAAGAAGUGAUCUCGUGGAGUGACGAUGCAAAAAGGAGAUUUGUGCACAAUUUUCAUAAAGGCAGCAUAGAGAUGUUUCGUGCUAGAGGCAUGAUUGUUGGGUGUGCUGGGGCAGGCAAGACGACCAUUUUAAGAAGACUUCAACGGGAAAAGACAAAGGAUGUGAGAACUCCUACUGAAACUACAAUUGGCCUCGAAGUCCAUGAUGACAUAUUUGAAAUAAUUGCAGACAACCUAGAAGAUUUCAAACAGGAUAAUGAAUCUGGAAAGAAUUCCAAAGACGCUACUACAGCUAAUCUGCAUGAGAAUAAACGACUCAUUAGCAUGACAGAUUUCGCUGGUCAAGUGGCUUACUAUGCCUGUCAUCAAAUCUAUUUGUCCAGAAGGGCGUUUUAUCUCUUGGUCAUUGAUAUGUCAAAAAAUCUAAAAGACAUAGCAUACAAUCCAGAGAGGCACAACCCAAUCGGAUCACUGUUCGAAAAUUGGACUUAUGAAGAAUACUUUGUUUUCUGGUUGCAAUCCAUCAAAACCUACUGUGACGACAAAAAGAUGAAAGAAAAAUACGGGGAAGAUGCGGGAGCAAAUCCGGUGAUAUUAAUUGCAUCACACAGGGACCAACUAGAAACAGAAAAUCUACCUACAGAAGGGACAAACCUAGCGUCCUGUUUCAAAACAAUCGUGAGAAAACCCGAGAAUACUACCAACCGUAGAAAGAUCGAUGAUCAAUUUUAUGCAGAGUUGGAAAAUUGCUUGCCUAAAGAGCAGACAUUAAAAAGUCAUAUUUCAACUGAAAGGUAUUUCGAAGUUGAAUGUCCACCUGGAGAUCUCUCUGAAGAACAAGAAGAUAUCAUCGAUAGAGUCAGGAAAUGUAUUGUUCAGACAGCAACGAGUCUUGCCCACUGGGGAGAAAAAAUUCCAAUUCAAUGGUCGUAUUUCGAGGAAAUUGUUCACGAAAAAAAGAAAGAAAAAAUUCUCAAAAGAGAGGACUUGUGGAAAAUGGAUUCCAUCCAAUUUUCAAAUAAGGAUGAUAUGGAUGACAUGCUUCGGUUUUAUCAGGAAAUAGGGCAAAUCAUCUACUUCUCAGAUGAGGGGCUUCAAGAUAUGAUUAUUCUGGAUGUCCAAUGGUUUGUAGAUGCCUUUAAAACUACUAUCACGGAUCCAACGCAUGUGCAACAUGUUUUUGGGAGGCCAAAGGAAUGGGACGUUUUCAUGGAAACCGGCAAAUUGUCUGAUACGACUUUAUGUAAAAUAUGGAAGAAAAAUGACGGUGAAUCUUACAUCAAACACAAAAUGGCAGUUAUGCCAUACAUGGAAAAGCUCGGGAUACUGGCUAAGGUAAAGUCCCAAGAAGUGAAAAAAAAGAGUCACAAGAAAAAACAUGUAGCACAUGAAGAUACAACAUACUAUUACAUUCCUAGUAUCAACAAGAAGGAUCUUAAAGAAGGUCACAAGCAAAGCAUUGAUGCAGGAAACAAGACACCUGUGUUUAUAUUCUAUUUUGAAAAUUACCUGCCCCAUUUCUUCUUUUAUCGCCUGGUCGUUAGUUGUUUCCAGAAAUGGGAUUCAAUGCGAGACGAUCUGUUCUUUAAAAAUGCUGCCUUUUAUAGUACUGAAGGUGGCAACCAUAACAUCGCUAUUGCUGUAAGCAAAACUUCAAUCCAGUUACAAGUAUUUACACCAGCUAAAAAUAUCAAGCUGAAAGAAGUGGAAACAAAGAGUAUAAGGUCAAUUGUGGAAGACAUGAUCAACGAAAUUACCACCACAUUCCAUGAACAAGUCGACUGCAAAAAAGGAUUUGCUUGUAAGGAUCUGAAAAUAACUGAAGAAGAUGAAGAUAUGUUUCUAAAUGAAGAAGACGUGGCCGAUUUAGAAACUAACCACAGACCUUGUCCGAAACAUGUUAUGGAAUCCGAGCCCCAUCUGAUAGAUAGAGAUAGUCUUCUGAAGUACUGGUAUACGGUGAGUCUUCUGAAGUACUGGUAUACGGUGAGUCUUCUGAAGUACUGGUAUAUGGUGAGUCUUCUGAAGUACUGGUAUACGGUGAGUCUUCUGAAGUACUGGUAUGAGGUGAAUCUUCUGAAGUACUGGUAUACGGUGAGUCUUCUGUAGUACUGGUAUAUGCUGAGUCUUCUGAAGUACUGGUAUAUGCUGAGUCUUCUGAAGUACUGGUAUAUGCUGAGUCUUCUGAAGUACUGGUAUACGGUGAGUCUUCUGAAGUACUGGUAUAUGCUGAGUCUUCUGAAGUACUGGUAUACGGUGAGUCUUCUGAAGUACUGGUAUACGGUGAGUUCUCUGAAGUACUGGUAUACGGUGAGUCUUCAGAAGUACUGGUAUACGGUGAGUCUUCUGAAAUACUGGUAUACGGUGAGUAUUUCAAACACUCCAGGAACCACCCAGCCCCGUCAUGUCAUUCUACAACAGUUUAUGUCACCGUGCCAGAUACGCGACAUUUUUGUACAUGUAUAUACGAUAAAGUCAAGCUACGUGAGGAAAGUGGUCAGAUCAUACUCAUCAAUUUCCAUAACCUGUUACAGAAAUAGUUGAGUCGUUACAUAUGGUGAGAAAGCGGUCACAGAGAUGCAGAACGUCAUCAUUGAUAAUUAUCACGUGGUUUUAGCUCACCUGAGCUUUUCUGAUAAAAGUUUGUCCGUUGUCUGUCAGUGGCGGCAGCGCCGUCGUAAACUUUUAGCUCACCUGAGCUAUUUUCUGAUUACCCGUUGUCCGUCGUCUGUCCGAUUGUCUGUAAAAGUUUCAUACUUUUGAUUUCUUCUCCAGAACCACUGGACCAAUGUCAACCAAAUUAAAUACAAAUCAUCCUUGGUUGCAAGGUGAUUCAAGUUUGUUCAAAUGAAGGACUAUGUCCCUCUCCAAAGGUGAGAUAAUCACAAUAAUGCAAAAAUAGGGUUAGGUCAUUUAAAACUUUUCUUCUCAGAACCACUGAGCCAGAAAAGCUGAAAUUUACAUGAUAGCUUCUUGACAUAGUGAAGAUUUAAUUUUGUUAAAAUCAUGGCCCCAGGAGGUAGGAUGGGGCCACAAUAGGGGAUAUUUUUUUUUACAUGCAAAUAUAUAUAGGGAAAUCUUUAAAAGUCAUCUUCUGAAGAACCAUUGGGUCAUAAGAGUGGAGAUUUACCUGAAAGUUUUCAGGUGUAAAGAAGAUUCAAGUUUGUUUAGAUCAUGCAUGGCCCCGGGGGUAGGAUUGGGCCAGUUUUACAUAGUUAUUACGUCAAAUAUAUAGGGAAAAUCUUUUAAAAUCUUCUUUUCAAGAACCACCAACCCCAAAAAGUUUACAUUUGCAUGAAAGCUUCCUGACAUAGUGCAGAUUCAAGCUUGUAAAAACCAUGGUCUCAGGGGUAGGGUGGGGCCACCAUAGGGACAUUGACAUGCGAAUAUGUAGGGGAAAUCUUCGAAUGGGGGCCAAAGUGACUCAGGUGAGCAAUGUGGCCCAUGGGCCUCUUGUCACAUUUUCAUCUUCUCCAGAACCACUAAACCUAUUUCAACCAAACUGGGCACAAAGCACUCUUGGGUGAAGGGGAUUCAAGUUUGAAGAGUCGUGCCCCCUUUGAAAGGGAGAUAAUCACAAAAAUGCAAAAUAGGGUGGGGUCAUUUAAAACUCUUCUUCUCAAGAACCACUAAGCCAGAAAAGCUAAAAUUUACAUGAAAACUUCCGGAGAUAAUGGAAAUUUGAGUUUAUUAAAACUAUGACCCCUGGGGGUAGGGUGGGGCCACAAUAGGGGAUCAAAGUUUUACAUACGAAUAUAUUGGGAAAUCUUUAAAUAUUUUCUCAAGAACCACGGGAUCAUAAGAGUGGAGAUUUAAGUGAAAGCUUCCUUAUUUUAACUAGGUUCAAAUUUGAUCAGAUCAUGGCCCCCGGGGAUAGGGUGGGCCCACAUAAGGGGGUCAAAGGUUUACAUGCUGAUAUAUAGGAAAAUCUUCUCCAGAACCACUAAACCAAUUUCAAUCAAACUUGAUACAAACCAUCCUUAGGUGAAGGGGAUUCAAGUUUGUUGAAAUGAAUAUUAAAAACAAAGCUACUUUACUCGAUCCUUUUAAUUACAAAACCAAUCAUAAAAUAAAAUGCUCCUGAGCUCAUUAACUACAUACUGAGCCAAUGAUCUCUCUGUGACUUUGUAAUUCUUAAUUACGUUUAUAGAUGAAAUCUUUUAUACAAGUGUAACUAACCAUUCUAAUAUAUCUGGGUUUUGUCUUUUUUCAGACUCCUAAUCCUAAGGCAUCGCCAUCAGAUAGCGCAUAACAACAAACUUACUAGACUGUAUGGUGCUGUGAAUUUAACCGAUGUGUACAUAUUUCACUGAUCGUUUGAAGUGUCAUGUUUUAACUCCAGUUAGUGAUUUUCCAACCUUUGAGGUGCCUCAUGUUAGGAUAUUUUCAUAUUUGCUUAGUGUAAGAUAAUUUAGGCCGCCCAUUUUCAACUUAUGUAUAACAGUGAGUUGUCAUCUAUUGAUGCUGGAAAGAAGAUUACGUCAUCAAAAUGUAAACGGUAAAAGUACAAUAGCAAUGGCGAUUUUGUGACUUGCAUGCUUCUACAUUCUUCAGGAAACGCAUAUUUUCAAAUUAAAAUGAAUUCACUGUCAUGAAUCUCUAAAGUAAAUGUACAUCACCUUCUUUAAUGCUUUUGCAUUUCACUUAAUGACAUAAAGGUUUGGGUUGGGAAUGGUUUCAGGUUUAAUUUUUUUGCAUAAAAUAUUAACUACCGGUAGGUCACGGAAAGAUUUUAAAACUGGUGAGUGUACUGUUGAUGGUAGCUGUUUUCAAUUAUACUUGCAAUUAUAGAUGUUAACUUAUACAUACAUUAAUUGUAUGUGUUCGUAGUGGUUUUUAUGAUGAAAAUGAUAGAUCAUUUGGGGAAAGAAUAAUUCAUAUCAAUGUGGUUUUUAAUUAUUUCAAAUACACUUGUAGGAAGACUGGCAUUUUUGUUGAUCUGAUAAGUUUAGAACGGCGUGUCAUUUUGUGAAGGGGUGCCGUGCUUUAUGGAGCUCUAGGUUGGUUAUUAGUCCCCUACUGACGAAAUCGAAGGGGACUUUAGGUUUGCGGUCCGUCCGUCUGUCUGUACAUCAGUCCUGCAAAUCAGUUUCCCGUACUUUUUUUUAUGGGCUUGCAGAUAUUCAUUUGAUAUUUGGUACAUUGUUUUGCCCUAAGAAGUUACAGGUCAAGUUCGAAUUUCAUCUUGGUCCGUUGAUUUUUCGCAAAGUUGUGGCCCUUGGACUUAGAAAAAUAGCAUGAGUUGUCAGUUUUCCGGACUUUUUUAUGUGCUAGCAGAUGUUCAUUUGAUUUUUGGUACAUUGCUUUGCCAUAACAAGUUGCAGAUCAAGUUUGAAUUUGCAUGAUCUCGAUCCGUUGAUUUUUCACUAAGUUAUGGCCCUUGGACUUAGAAAAAUAGCAUGAAUUAUCAGUUUUCUGGACUUUUUUAUUAUGUGCUAGCAGAUAUUCAUAUGAUAUUUGGUACAUUGCUUUGCCAUAACAAGUUAUAGAUCAAGUUCGAAUUUUGUCUCGGUCCAUUGAGUUUUUACUAAGUUGUGGCCCUUGGACUUAGAUAAAUAACAUAAAUUGACAGUUUUCCUAAUUUUUUGUUUGUUUGUUGUGCUUACAGAUAUCCAUUUAAUAUUCAGUACAUCAUGAUGUUUGCUUUGCCAGAACAAGUUAUAGAUCAACUUUGAAGUUUUCUUGGUCUAGUCUUUGUACCCGAAUAGUUGUUGAUUUCAAACCAUUCCUAUCCUGGUUUCCCAAUUGUCCCUUUUAACAUAACCUUGGUCUCAUAAUGAAAUGAUUAUUGUUGCUGUCCAAUAAUUUUUGCUUCCGGUGGGGGACUAUGUAUUGCUAUGCAAUACUUUCAGAAUGCUUGUUGUUACUAUAGUUAUUUUGGUAUUUUAUUCCUUGACAGUGAAGAAAAUGCGUACAUACAAUAUGAAUGAUUUCAGCAGUCUGUGUCAGAUCCUUGCAAUAUUGUUUUUUUUUGGAAAUAAUUGUCCUAAAAGAGACAAUUUUUAUCGUUUAUUACUGUAUUAUAUAUAACACUACGAUUAUACAUUGUAUACACCGGUACAUCAUGAAUACACAAAAUCAUUUUUUUUAUGUAUCACGUGUGCUUUCAUGAAUGAUAAUUGAUAUUAUUGCAUAUUGUUUUGGUUCCCAUUCGAAGAUACUUCAUUCAUGUAGAGACCUUGACAGCUUUAUGUAGUGUCACAAAUUGUGAAAUAUAUAUAAUGCAGCUCGGGGCCCUAGCAGUGAGAGAAUUUUAUCAUGCCAACAGGUUGUCAGGGGACCUCCCAUUUUUAGGCCAUAUCCGAAAGUUGUCACUUGUAACGGUUCCAAACGCUGUCUAUAUAUAUGUACAUAAUAUCAGCAUGUGAAGAUUUACCCACUCUUUAUGUAAUAAUUGUAAUUUUGUAGAUCAUCACCCAUGCGCAAGUCAUGGUUACUUCAUCGGUAUGAUUCCCAUGUGAAUUGUUAAUUACUGUAAUUAAAGUGGUGUUUUGUAAUUCGCGAUUCAAAUCAUGCAUUGUAAAUAUAUCAUACAUUUUUUAUUUUUGCUUUAAUAUAAUUUUGCUGAUUUCGCGAUGUGACAAAUCUUUGUACACAGUAUUGCAACGAGCUUAACGUGACAUUGACUGCUUCUAGUCAGUGAUAAAUGUGAAAUCAGAAUGACUAUAUAACCCUGGGCGUCGUCAUAGCUGUUAAUAGAAUGUGUAACUGAACUGUUACUUCUCAUAUUCUUUCUUUCACUCCUGAAUCUCAAAACCCAGUCAAUACUCAAAAGCGAGAUUAAGAUUUAUAUGCAUAUAAAGUAUGGUUUUUGUACAUGUCAAACAAGUUUUUAUUAUUUUAUUUUAUUUUUUACAAUUUAAAUGUUCAACCCCCCCCCCCCCCCCCCCCAUUUUUUAGUUAAAUAUAUUUCUAUGCAUUUCAUUCUUUGCUAAAUUUCAUUCUUUCACCAAGUGUGUAUAUUUGUUGAUUGUACAUAUGUAUCGAAAAAUAAACGAAUGAAGCUGUA